ACCUUUUCAACGCCUAGAUAAUUGUGCUGACGGCACACAUUUAGGAUGUCUCCGAAAAUUUGUAAACUGUUUUUCGUAUUUCUCAUCAUAGGAGUUUUUGAUUAUUCCGAAGCUCAAGCCAAGAAAAAGGCCGGAAAUGGUGGUGAGAAGAAAGCAGUAGGAAAUAAGCAAGGAAACAAAUACAAAAAUGGACCAGGGACGACGAUUUUAGAUCCACAAAAAAAAUGGCCAAAGGGAAACGUUUACUAUGAACUGAAUCCUAGUUUCGAGGAUAAGUACCAUCCGUUAUUGGCCCAAGCUAUAAACCACAUUGAGGGCCGGACAUGCCUGCGUUUCAGGCAGAGUAAAGAAGCUAAAGACCGUAUCGUAAUAAAGAACGCUGGAGACAAGUCAUGCACUUCCCCGAUUGGAAGGCAAGGGGGUCAACAAGAAAUAGUUCUUGGGAAAAACUGUAACCAAAUUAAAAAGUUUAUGCACGAGUUAUUGCACGCUUGUGGAUUUGCCCAUGAACAAGGAAGGCAGGACAGAGACGAAUAUGUAAAAGUGUUUUUCCAAAAUAUUAAAGACGAGUCCAAAUUUGCUUUCGAAAAAGCAGACGAGAAGCAUUUUGGUGGAUUUGGUACUCCGUACGACUACAAAAGUAUUAUGCACUAUGGAAGAAAAGGAUUUAGCAAAAAUGGAAAAGAAACGCUGAUCCCAACAAAAAAUCCAAAAGCUGAUAUCGGGGAUGUGGACAAAAUGAGCAGAUACGAUAUUGAGGAUGUCAAUAAUUUGUAUUGUAAAACUGUGCGGAAUGCUUGCUUCAAAAGCGCUAGUGGCGGGUUUAUGAACCUCAAUGCAAAACUAGCCGGAGAUGGAGUUCAAGUGAUAACCAAACCAAAAAUGAAUGGGGUGACAGCAAAAUGGACCUUCGAGGGUUCUGAUUUUUUUGGAAAGAAAGGUAGUGAAAUCUGGAGUUGGGCUCAGACUGGAGGUGGGGUUAAAGUUUUAACUGAAAACUUGUCCAAGAACGCUGUUAUUGUUGCGUCGAGCCAAGGGAGUCAAAAUCAAUUGUGGUUGGGAAUGAACGUUGGUAAAGGGAAAAAUGUAAAAUAUCUCGUGAAAAACUUCAAGUCUGGAAGAUGCCUACAAUCUACGAAGGGAAAUGACCAACUUAAAACUGUCAAAUGCAACGCCAAGGCACAAAACCAACUAUGGACAUUCCCGACUGUAGUCCCCUAAUUAUUUGUUGUUUUCAAUACAAUAAUAAAUAAUCAGAAAUCCAGAAA